UCCGCGGCCGGCACUUCCUCCUGCGGGGCCCGGGUCAGCGGCGGGGAUGGCGGCGGCAUCUGCAGUCCGGCUGCCGCUGCUGCUGCUGCUGCUUCCGCUGCUGCUGCGGGGCCCGGCCGGGGUGCGGGCCGUCCCCGAGGAAGAGGCCGCGAAGGAGCCGCCGGCCCCGGUGCAGCAGUUGCAGCCGCAGCCCGCCGUGGUGCAGGGCCCGGAGCCGGCCCAGGCGGAGAAAGGACUUACACCAGCCGCCCCAGUUCAUCCUGAUAAAGAACAGUCAGCUUCUCAAACAAAUUUGGGGUUCAUCCACGCAUUUGUCGCGGCCAUAUCAGUCAUCAUUGUCUCUGAACUUGGUGACAAGACGUUCUUCAUUGCAGCCAUCAUGGCCAUGCGCUAUAACCGGCUCACCGUGUUGGCAGGCGCCAUGCUCGCCUUGGGUCUGAUGACCUGCUUGUCAGUUUUAUUUGGCUAUGCCACCACUGUCAUCCCUAGGGUGUAUACAUACUACGUUUCAACAGCUUUAUUUGCCUUUUUUGGCAUUAGAAUGCUUCGAGAAGGUUUAAAGAUGAGUCCAGAUGAAGGUCAAGAGGAACUGGAAGAAGUUCAAGCAGAACUGAAGAAAAAAGAUGAAGAAUUUCAGCGUACAAAACUGUUAAAUGGACCAGGAGAUGUUGAAUCAGGUGUAAGCACAACAAUACCUCAAAAAAAGUGGCUGCAUUUUAUUUCACCCAUCUUUGUUCAAGCGCUUACUUUGACCUUCCUAGCAGAGUGGGGUGACCGCUCCCAGCUGACCACGAUUGUUCUGGCAGCAAGGGAGGAUCCCUAUGGCGUUGCAGUGGGUGGAACUGUGGGACACUGCUUAUGCACUGGAUUGGCAGUUAUUGGAGGGAGAAUGAUAGCACAAAAAAUCUCCGUCAGAACUGUGACAAUCAUAGGAGGCAUCAUAUUUUUGGCAUUCGCAUUUUCUGCAUUAUUUAUAAGUCCUGAAUCUGGUUUCUAACAAGCUGUUUGUUCAAUUGUAUGUAGACUGAUAGGUAACUCCUUAUGUACAUAGUGUACAUUAUAACUAAAAGUGAUGGAAAAUACUGUAUUUUGUAGCAUUGAUUUGAGUUUGACCUAUAUAAUGGAAGUAUUAUGUCCAAGAGAAGUAAUCAUGGAUUCUAUUAGCAACAUGGAUUUUUAAAUCU